AUGGCGAGAACUCAGUUCACUUUGAAACCCUUUGUCAAUAUUCAGCCAGGUUCGAAAGCCCCAGAAGACCCUGAACUACUGAAGAAGCUCCAAGAGGUUGACAAAGCUAUUAAAGAGGCCAAGAAGAAAAGGGAAGAAUUUAAUGCCAUAGCGUCAGAGCUUAGGGAUCGUAACCAUCCUUCAGAGAAAUCCGCUGCUGAGAGCGUGGAAGAAGCAGACAAAAUUUUGGCUGGCCUAAUAGCACUCCGAUAUGAUGUCCUUGACGGAAAAUAG